CGAUGAGCAUUUAGCAUUUGUCGUCUGCCGUUGAUCCCGGUUACUCGACGCCCGUGUACGAGCUGUUGCUAUCAUUGAGAUAGUCCAGUCCACAAAGUUGUGUGUUGCCUUUCAACAACGUAAGCCCAUAACCCAGAGCGCGCCAGUGGCUGUCUGUUGGUGGGAAAGUUUAUACGGACAAGAGGUUGAGCCGAGGAAAGUGAAGACGCUACAAGUGAGUGAGAACCCAGCAGUGGCGGCGGUAGUUGAACAUUUGAGUCGAAAAUUAAAGCAAGAUACCAAUCAUUUAUUACGUUUCGCAGGGAAAAAUGGCGGAUAUUCAGGUGACGACAGUCAGCCAAGAUGCUCUGUCUGUUGGACAAUUGGAAUUGGGGGGUAAUCCAAAUGCUCUAUCACUGCGUAGGCCAUUUGAUCCAGUGACACAUGACCUGGACGCUACUUUCCGCUUGACGCGGUUCGCGGACUUAAAAGGAUGAGGGUGUAAAGUCCCUCAGGAAGUUCUUGGUAAACUUCUCGAGGGACUACAGUCCGAUGAUAGUAGUGUUCAGGAUCAUGAACAUGCUCACUUUAUGCACAUGGCUAUCCCACGUAUUGGCAUUGGCAUGGAUUCCUCCGUAACUCCACUAAGACAUGGAGGACUCAGCCUGGUACAAACAACAGACUUCUUCUAUCCACUGGUCGACGAUCCUUAUAUGAUGGGUAAAAUCGCUUGCGCGAAUGUGCUGAGUGACUUGUACGCAAUGGGAGUGACCGAGUGUGAUAACAUGCUGAUGCUGCUCGGAGUGAGCACGAAGAUGACGGAGAAAGAACGGGACGUCGUGGUACCUUUAAUCAUGAGAGGGUUCAAAGACUCGGCUUUAGAGGCUGGUACUUCAGUCACUGGUGGGCAGACUGUUGUCAAUCCCUGGUGUACUAUCGGCGGGGUUGCUUCUACUGUUUGUCAGCCUAAUGAAUACAUCGUGCCAGAUAAUGCAGUUGUUGGAGAUGUCCUUGUAUUGACGAAACCUCUAGGUACCCAAGUAGCAGUAAAUGCUCAUCAAUGGUUGGAUCAACCAGAUCGUUGGAACAGAAUAAAAUUAGUUGUUAGUGAAGACGAUGUACGGAAAGCUUAUCAACGAGCAAUGGACAGCAUGGCUAGAUUAAAUAGAAUAGCUGCGCGUUUGAUGCACAAGUAUAACGCCCACGGUGCCACGGAUGUAACGGGUUUCGGUUUGCUAGGACACGCACAAAAUUUAGCCAAGCAUCAGAAAAAUGAAGUGUCCUUCGUAAUUCACAAUUUACCCGUGAUCGCUAAAAUGGCAGCGGUUGCUAAAGCUUGCGGCAACAUGUUCCAACUGUUGCAAGGACACUCUGCAGAGACCAGCGGCGGACUUCUGAUCUGCUUACCGCGAGAACAGGCAGCCGCUUACUGUAAAGACAUUGAAAAGCAGGAGGGUUAUCAAGCCUGGAUUAUCGGUAUCGUCGAGAAAGGAAAUCGCUCUGCGAGAAUAAUCGACAAACCUCGAGUUAUUGAGGUACCAGCAAAAGAAAAAGACGGAGAGCUUUGGUAGACGUUUGCUAGGAGUGCCAUCAUCAUUAUCACUGUCAUCAUCAUUCUUAUCAUUUAAUAAAUAUAGAGCUUUGUGUUAUCACUUAUUAAUUAAUGUGUUGUCACAUAAUUAAGUUUAAAACUGCUUAUUUUUCGUCUGCUUUAAAUGUUGAUUUUAUUUACUAUAAUUUUUUUAUAUAAAUUUACUUCUGUCCGUUUUUCGUAUCAUUGAAAACAUGAAAUUAUUCAUGAUAUUUUUUGUAAUCAAUGAAGUUUUUUUUUUUUUUUUUACUAAUUUUUAAUUUAAAAUAAUUUAACACAAGCGAAUGAGCAAUUUACAAUUAGGAUAAA